UUUGGACGGUAGAAACUACAAAAAGGUCAAAACCGUGGACGAGUGAUCCAACGGCUGAAAUCAGUUUCAUCAUCUCCACUCUCCACUCAUCUUCUUGAUCCCCAAUUAGGUGCAGGUUUUGCCAUUAAAACCAAACUCACAACACACACAAACACACUCACACAACAUACAUAUAUACAUACAGAGAGAGAGAGAGGAGAGAGAGAGAGACUCAAAUACGGAUCUGAAAACCAGAUCUAAAAUCUUUCAUUUCUCCCGUACAUGAUAUCAUGGCUAAUCGAUCGCAUCUAGGGUUUCACUUAUGGAUCUGUGCGUUUCUUCUGUUAUCCAUUCAUGGACUCUCGUUCUACCUUCCAGGUGUCGCUCCACAGGAUUUCUUCAAGGGAGAUAAGCUGAGGGUAAAAGUAAACAAAUUGGCAUCUACAAAGACCCAGCUCCCGUAUUCUUACUACUCCAUUCCUUAUUGUCGCCCUAAUAAAAUAGUCGACAGUGCUGAGAAUCUUGGUGAGGUUCUUCGUGGUGAUCGUAUAGAAAAUUCUCCAUAUGAGUUUCAAAUGCGAGUUCCACAGAUGUGUAAUGUCGUAUGUCGCAUAGUACUGGAUGACAAAACAACCAAAGAAUUUAAGGAGAAGAUCGAUGACGAGUAUAGAGUUAACAUGAUAUUAGACAAUCUACCGUUGGUUGUUCCAAUGACAAGGUUGGAAAAAGAUUCACCCGUUAUAUAUCAGCAUGGAUUCUUUGUUGGGCGCAAAGUACAAUAUGCAGGAACAAAGGAAGAAAAGUAUUUUAUCAACAAUCAUUUGACAUUCACAGUCAAGUAUCACAAGGAUGUUCAAACAGACUCUGCAAGAAUUGUAGGAUUUGAGGUGAAUGCUUUCAGCGUGAAACAUCAAUAUGAUGGAGAUUGGACUGGCAAGAACCGCUUAACGACAUGUGAUGCACAUGCAAAACGGACGGUCACAAGCUCAGAUCCUCCACAAGAGGUUGAAAAUAAAAAGGAAGUCAUAUUCACUUAUGACGUUGAUUUCCAGGAGAGUGAUAUCAAAUGGGCAUCCAGAUGGGACACUUAUCUUCUAAUGGCAGAUGAUCAGGUUCACUGGUUUUCAAUUGUGAACUCACUCAUGAUAGUUCUUUUCUUAUCGGGUAUGGUGGCCAUGAUCAUGUUAAGAACACUUUACCGCGACAUUUCCAAAUACAACCAAUUAGAAACACAAGAAGAAGCCCAAGAAGAAACAGGCUGGAAAUUGGUUCACGGAGACGUUUUCCGCCCUCCCGUUAACUCAGAUUUACUAUGCGUUUAUGUCGGAACCGGUGUUCAAUUCUUCGGUAUGAUCUUAAUCGCCAUGAUAUUUGCCGUACUCGGGUUUCUUUCCCCUUCUAACCGAGGCGGGCUCAUGACGGCCCUACUUAUACUCUGGGUUAUCAUGGGUAUCUUCGGUGGGUACGCAUCAGCUCGUCUUUAUAAAGCGUUUAAAGGAACAGAAUGGAAAUCAAUCGCUCUCAAAACCGCUUUCUUGUUCCCAGGGAUCGCGUUUGCGAUCUUCUUUGUACUCAAUGCGUUAAUCUGGGGGGAGAAAUCAUCCGGUGCGGUUCCUUUCGGUACCAUGUUCGCUUUGGUGUUCUUGUGGUUUGGAAUCUCGGUCCCACUUGUUUUUGUCGGGAGUUAUAUCGGAUUUAAAAAGCCCGCACUUGAAGAUCCGGUGAAAACCAAUAAGAUCCCGAGACAAAUACCCGAACAAGCUUGGUACAUGAGCUCCGCUUUCUCGAUUUUGAUCGGUGGGAUACUUCCAUUCGGUGCAGUUUUUAUCGAGCUCUUUUUCAUAUUAACAUCGAUCUGGUUGCAACAGUUCUACUACAUCUUCGGUUUCCUUUUUAUCGUGUUUGUGAUAUUAAUUGUGACAUGUGCCGAAAUCACAAUCGUGCUAUGCUACUUCCAGCUGUGCAGUGAGGACUAUCUUUGGUGGUGGAGAUCAUAUUUAACAUCGGGUUCGUCGGCUUUAUAUCUCUUUUUAUACACCAUUUUCUAUUUCUUCACGAAACUUAACAUUACCAAGCCAGUUUCGGGUAUCUUGUACUUUGGGUAUAUGCUGAUUGCGUCGUACGCUUUCUUUGUGCUCACGGGUACGAUUGGUUUCUAUGCGUGCUUCUGGUUUACGAGGCUUAUUUACUCUUCAGUGAAGAUCGAUUGAUUGAUUGAUUGAUAAGGGAUGAUGAGUAAUAUGUAAUCUUUUGAAUGGUUUUUAUAGGGAAUUAGGGUAUGUUAUUGAUGUUUAGUUAUACAAAAUGUUAAAAGGUUACUUGCCCUGCAUAAUUUGUAUGUAGAGAUUUGAGAGGAUUAUUAUGGAUUUUUUUAUGUUUAUUGAUUUUUGUAUCAAGAUUUUGAAGUUUUUGUGUGUUAA